UAGCGCUAUCGAUAGUAUAUCAGCUUUUCCGAUAAAAGUCUGUUUUUUUUUUUUGAGUAACCACUUGUUUUCUGCAGCGAAAUGAGCCGUGAAGUUUUGGCACCUCCACUACUGCGAAUGGACAACAAUCGUUGUUACCGGGUUAAUCUCGUUCAUGAUGAUUUUAGCAGCCAACAGGCCAUUGCCGUUCAGAAAAAGGGUCAAACAAAGAAGGUCUAUAUGGAAGAAGAUUUAUAUGGAGAAGACUACAAUGAUGAGUUGGAUGUGGAAGGUGAUUGUGAUAUUGAAGAAACUUCCAAUGGCAAUUUUAAGCUUGCAAUGCACGUCGCCAGUUCCUUUUAUGGUGGAAUUAUAGGAUUCAAAGGAUCAACUAAACGUCGUAUUGAGGCCGAAACACAUUGCGAUAUAUCUAUACCACAAAAGGUCCCAGCUAAUAAAACAUCCGAAUCGCAUAUUAUAAUUAAAGGUCGCACUCACAAUAGUGUAGCCACAGCUAGACGCAAAAUACAGCUUUUGGUAUCGUCUCUUCGCAAGCGCAUGAAAGCUACACAUUUUUAUGGCGUUCCUACAAACUCUGGUGAUAUACGUUCCAGUUUUAAUAAUCUUAAAUCACAAAUAAUGGAAGCUGAAUUGCCCGGCAUUAAUGAGGAACUAUUUCAAAGCGAUCACGCUCUACAUCUUACGUUUGGAACUGUGGUUUUAUUAGAUGAUGUUGAGAGAAAGAAAGCUGUUGAAGUUUUGCAAAGUUGUCGCGAAUAUCUGGCAGACUUAAAGACACCCUUCACUGUUAAAGUUUCUGGACUAGAAAUUAUGAAUGACGAUCCAAGUUCGGUUCGCGUUUUAUAUGCUGGUGUUACUGCGGAAGAACUAGAGACUUUCGCCAAUCGUUGCUUGCAAAGAUUUGUGCAGAGUGGUUUGGGAUUUAAUGAUUUUGGUAGGGAUUCUGUAAAGCUGCAUAUGACUGUUAUGAAUAAUCGGUACCGGGAACGUGAAAUACCUGAUUCAACAUGUAAAACAUUCGAUGCGAGAGAAAUCUUAAAGAGGUGGGGUAAUUUUAACUUUGGUUCAGUUCAAUGUAAUGAACUUGUUUUGUGUGCUAUUGGAUCAUCAAGAGAUGUCAAGGAGUUUUACACUAUUACCGGUUCUCUAAAAUUUUAAUAAAGACCAAUUUUAGAAAUUUU